UUCGGCAGCACAGUCUUCUGUCUGCGUUCGUCGGUUGUGGUCGUUCUAGUUGGAGUUCACUCUAGCCGUCGUCGAAGUGCUUUUUUGCUGUACAUAUAUUUUCCUCCACACAGAUGGAUAUUCGGGGAAAGCGACCAGCUGAGUAGUGAGGGCUUGGUUGGCGAGUGUUUCUUUGCGUGUCUACUAGCGGCUACGGUGUGUUUUGUUGCUGUUGGUGAUUGAGGGCCAACGGCUUUUGUAAAGCUGCCACUAUUCUUCGGGUCUUGGGAUUUGAAUUGUGGAUCGACACUGCUAGUGUUGGUGAUGACGUGUUAUUGAACGGAGUCGUGGAAGGAUACAGCAGAAAGAAUAACACACUAGAAUGAACCAAUUUUUCUGUGGAAAUAGAUGAAGUAUCGUGUGGUGUGCAUUCGGGGUCGCAUUGGAUAGAGACCUUUUCGGUUGGGCCGGUUUUCUCGGAAGUGCCAGAAGACGUGCCGCUGUUCGUUCGAAUCAUUUGUCGGGAAAGCCGAAGGGUGACCGUUGAGAGGAGUGACUAUUGAUUUCCGAACUUCUCAUACGUUGGAAGAUAUUUGCUACAUUUAGUAUUGCGUGCUGGAGACGAGGGAUUUGACGAAACGAACCGUUGGGAUUUGCAUGGCGAAUAGCUUAAAGGCUCGUUGGUUGGUCGAGGGUAAAAUUGUACACAAAGUGAAACAGGAUGGAAAAUUAUCAAAUUAAGAGCUAACUAAAUCAGAGGUUGUAGCAGAAGAAGAUAAGGAAAAUUUUCCGGUUCAAUUUGGCUACCCUCGCGAAAAGUUUGCUACGUUCGCCUGCAAUAUCCUGUCUCGUCAGUUUGCUUACGGUGAUAAUCCAUAUAAAUUCUGAUUACGUGCUGAGCCUUGCCGUCCUAGGGCGUUUAGUGCUUCGGCCGCCCUUGUACGUGGAUCACCCAUCUCGUCCAAAGUCAGAGUCGAAAGACAAGGCCAGGUAAUGUGUGGGUGAAGUGCGUCUGUUUCUGCUUGGCCCGGUCGGAUAAAAGUGUUCUGUGUUGUCUGUUUCUGUAUUCGACCCGCGCUUCCGGUGCUGUUUUGUGUUUGCGAUCUCAUAAAAUUGUUAUUACGAAAAAAUGAAAUUCACACGUUGAGCAAUCACCGAGCAGGAAAACCGUACAAAACUACAAGGGGAAGAAAAACAACGAUAAAAUAGAAUUACUACGUAAUGUGAUACAUUGAAGUAAAUGAUUAAUGUGCUGUAAUAUUUUGCCGAACUCCAAAGAAGCGUUUCUCCAUUGAAGCAAUUUCACGAACACAAAGGAUACGGAAUCGUUUCAACUCGGAGAGCAUCAAAUACGCCCACGGUGGAAUUCGGACCUCGAAAAAACAAUUUCGCACCGCACAUGAACCAUUGCCUGCUGUCGACUGUUAGCUACUGCUUGCGGUGGUUCAAGAUAUCCUCGUUCCAAGUUGUCGCGGAAAAAUUACUCCAGCUUUGAAGUGCGAGCUCCGUGUUCGUUUCUGCAGAAGCAAAUUGCCGGGAGCUGCAAUUCAGAAAAGACUUCGCUUUUCCGCGGCGAACGAGCUCAAAAUCUGUUGCUUGAAUCCAGUCAGUGGGGAAGGAAAAAAGCUCGCGCACACGUAAUGGUAACAACGCUGUAAUUAUAGCUAAAACCAGUUCCCUUUCGAAAGUCGGUCGAGAUUUUGAAGACUUGUUCCGUUUUGUCGUCGUUGCUGCCAGAUGGAAAUUUGAGCUCACCCACGCCUUUGUGUAUAUAAAUAUCACGGACGACGGUGAGGACUUUAUCCGAGGAAAUAGGAUAGCGAUAAUAAGGGGCUCACGUUACAAAUGGCAUCGCCCCGCAGGAAUCUGUCUCAGAGCUCGAGAACGACACGGCUGAGAGGACAUUUUCUUCGCUGAGGUUGGAUUAGAGUGCCCCCAAACGGUUUUCUUCUCCGACAAAUAUUCGGAAUAAUAGCGGUCCCACAAAAGUUCACUGCAGCGAGCGAACAAAGUAGGGGAGCUUUCAAAGAUUUUCUCUUGCAUUAUCCUUCGGAGCUUGGUCCAGAAAUUGGUGUGCUGUUUUCUGGGGAAGACGGACGGCUCUAACGCUUUUUAGCUGAAGGAUUGUCGAGAAAUAGCGGCGCAAUGUGGAUCUACACCUUCAUCAGCCUUGCUCUUAGCAGGAUAUUAGAUAUCACAGCCUUUUCCAUCAAUACAGAUAAUCAGCUUUUUGGCCCUCACAUAGACUUAAAUUACGGUAGCUGUACGGUAGGAAAUACGACAUACUUCCACGGCGAAACAUUCAAAUUGGAUUGCCGAACACAAUGCGUUUGUCAGAACGGACGGCACGCAUGUUCGACCCUCUGCCCACACGAAAAUCUGCCUCCACCCAACGACACAGCGAUCUGCGUCGGGGCGCGACUGGUGGAGCUUCCCGAUCACUGCUGCCGGGUGUGGCUAUGCGAGCAGCCCACCACUGACGUGAACGCAACCUGCUAUAACUCGUCCACAUCGCUGUGGUCACCGUGUUCGCAGAGUUGUGGCAUCGGAAUCUCUACCCGGAACAUAACCACGACGCCGGGUUGCCAGAGGCUCAGCACGGUCAGGCUCUGCGAGAACCACAAGUGCAACCGACAGGACAAUAACUACUACAGUGGCAUCGUUAAUGAUUACGAGGACGGUGAAGCGCUGACGGUGGUGGGAAGUGGCCGCGAUAUCAGUGACAGCAGCAAAAAGUACAACCACGAGGGCCGUUAUCCUGUUGCUAAUAGUUUGCUACUGCUGAGCGAGCCGGAACAUCGCAGGAGGAAAGGACAUCAGUGCCGAAGCAUUCAGCGAACUUCCUCCUCUCGGCUGCGGUUGGGACCAUGCGUCUCCCGGAAGUUGUACCGGCCGAAGAGCUGCGGCCACUGUCAGGAUACAAAUAUGUGCUGUGUGCCUUCAAUUACUACAACCAUUCAGGUUGAGCUUCUCUGCCCGCUCAAUUCGGGUGACCCCUUCGAGUUCAUCGAGCACGGGUAUGAUCUGUGGGACAGCGCAUCCAUCGAUCCAUUGGACCAGGAGAUGUUGCAGUCACGCCAGAUUCAAAUCGAGAACAAAUUUGUCGACGUGCAGUGGGUGCUCAAAUGUGAAUGCGGACCAAAAAGCAAAAGUUGCCGCCCCGAUAGAAAGGCAUCUGAUCCAUUGGCAGCGAUUGGCAACGAUAGAAAUUCCAACAACCGGCAGGGCACGACCGAACACAGAAGUCCAGCAUCUCCUCUGCUAGCAGCCAUCCGCAACAAUUCGAUCGAUGACUACGACGAAAAGAACGAUAACGAUGAGGUGGGCUCGUCAUCACGGAGCAAACAUCAGAAACAGCAUCAGCACCACCCACACCACCUCCACCACAACCGUCAGCAUCAUCAUCAUCAUCAUCACCGGCAGCGGAAAAGCAACCAGCCUCACAAUGAUGGGGGCGAACUUUUGAAACGGGUUCAUCGAACAUAAUAAAUUGACCCUUUGCACCAAGCCACGCGUCGCCAAUUUCCUCGUUUGCUCCGUGCCUGGUUGGCCACACCUUGAAAGCGACACGCACGGUGUGUAUGAAAGCGUUAUUAACGAAAAAUACACACCAUGAUACGCACCGCGCGAAGAGGAGCACAAAAGGAGGCAGCUGUGUGGCAUGAGUGGCAUAACUAGAAAUCUGACCAACAACGGAAUGAGCUAUGCUUGUAUAGGCGAUGGAGAAUGUUUGUGCGAUACUUCCGGCCUCUACGCCGGAAAGUUGUGAAUGUGAUAGUGUUACGCGCGAGUUUGUCGACGACUUGCAACGACGCACGACGUCGACGACAGUGAAUAUCGAAUCCAAGCAAAUCAGAACACUUUUUUUCCACAGUGCGGUAGUGAAAUGCACACACACUAAAUUUGAUUAGAUUUUCCGAAACGACCGAAAACCGUUGGGAAGGACACUGAACAAAAUACACAUCACUGAAGUGACUUAUAUACCUAUACAUAUUGUGAAGGAUAUUCGUGUCCGACAUAUGAUUGAAUAGAAAGCUAGCCAAACUGGA